AUGAGAACGAUCAUAGCCGGCACGAGUCGGAAGCGAACUCGUGAAAUCUCACCAAUCGACAGCAGCACUGAUCUCGACAGUAUCAUCUCCAAAGAUGAUGAUUCGAAGUCCGAUCGAAGCUUUUCACCUGCUGAAACAGAAUCCGACGACACAUCCACUGACGAACUCAUCUCGAACGAAGAUGAUUCAUCUCCGUCCACCAGCAAUGAUGGCGAUGACGAUGAAACUGUUCAUCCCACUGGCCAGCCUGAAUCGGUGGAGAAAGGUGGUAUUGUUUGGACAACAGAAUCGAAGUCAGUCCACGGUCGUCUUCAAAAAAUAAAUAUACUAAAAAAGAAACCGGGUGAAGCUACUUCAGUAGAAACAAUUAUCGAUGCGUUCAAACUCUUCAUUACUGAUGAUAUCUUAGAUGAAAUUGUUCUUCAAACAAACAAAUAUGCCAAAAGGCAUAUUGAUCAAGUAAAUCAAAGACGUUCCAAUGCUACUUCUUAUCGAACGACUCAAAUUCGAUGGAUAGAUCUCGAUCGUGUCGAGUUGGAAGCAUUGAUUGGGCUGCUGAUCGAAAGUGGUGUUCGUCAUUCCAAUCAUGCAUCCACCGAUGAAUUGUGGGACAUUAGCCGAAGCGUCCCAGUAUAUCAUGCAACAAUGUCAAUGGAGCGCUUCAAAUAUCUGAUGCGGUUUCUUAGAUUUGAUGAUCGACAGCGUCGAGACAGCGCUGAUCGUCGCGCUCCAAUCCGAUCGAUCUUCCAACGCUUUGUCAAACAACUUCCUCGACAUUUCACGCCGAGUGAAAACGUUACUGUCGAUGAACAAUUGGUUCCAUUCAGAGGACGUUGUUCUUUUAUACAAUACAUGCCAAAAAAACCGGCUAAAUACGGGCUGAAAUUUUGGCUUUUAUGUGAUGUCAAUAGUCGGUACGUAUUAGCCCUCGAUCUGUACACUGGAAAAGAAGGCAACGUGGCCCAAAAAAAUCUUGCCACAAAUGUUGUUUUACGAUUAGUGGAUCAACUGCCUGCGAACAUCAAACAAGACCGCAACGUCACUUAUGAUCGAUACUUCACUAGUCUUGAUGUGUCGCAAGCUUUGUUAGAGCGUAAGAUGUCUUCGCUUGGUGUUGUCGAUCGAAAACGUCGUUUCGUGCCAAAUGAAUUGAAGCUGACGCGAGACGAUUUAUACUCGUCAUGGUUUUAUUUCUGCGAACAAACUACAAUUCUGUCGUACCAAGCCAAAGACAAAAAACCACCCGUUAUACUAUUGUCAACAUCCCAUGAAUUCUCCGAAGUUUUCGACGACGAAAAGAGGCUUCCUUGUAUGAUUCACGACUACAAUCAAACAAAAGUGGGUGUAGACCUCGUCGAUCAAUGCAUCUCCAAUUAUUCCGUUCGUCGUAUUACGCGUAGGUGGCCGAUGAUGGUAUUCUAUAACAUGGUUGAUAUAGCUGCCAUCAACGCAAUGACAGUGUGGGUUAGCCAUAAUCCAGAGUGGAACAGUAGACCUACGCAGACUCGUCAUCGUUUCUUAUCUAGUCUGAGUCAAUCCCUGAUGACUCCUCACCAGAAACGUCGCAGUGAAUCGUCUAGUCUGUCAUCAAAAACGAAACUUGCUCUCCGAUCACUUGGAUACGAGCUGAAACAACCGACGCCGCUAGCUCAAGAUUGUAACGGUGAAUUGAUUAAGACAAAGAAGAGGUGUUAUCUUUGCCCAUCGCAUCCAGGACGCAAGGUCCGGAUGGACCCACAUACAGCUUUGGUGCAAAAAAAACAAAACGUCGUCCGAGGGUUAAUUGAACAUCUUCCAUCCAUGGCUCGAUUGAAAUCACUAACACUAAUCCACUGCGAUGUAACAGAUACAAACCAAUUAAUUACAUUCAAAUGCGCCAUUUCAAGAUAUUUACUCACUUUAUGUUUUCUUCGAUUUGUGCUCCGGUUUCCGAAUGAAACAAUAUUCGACAGAAACGAUUAUCUUUGCUGGUUAAACUUGGCUGAUUGUGCUGUCGAUGAAGAGACAUACGAUGACGGCAAUUCGAGUAGAGUUGUGCUAUACACGAUUCCUUAUCCGCUCGACUGUUGCCGUCAGGUGAACAAUCACACGUUUGCUCGACGAUCUCCGGUCAGUCAAGUGGAUAAUCAGUUGUGUUGGACAGUUGAUCAAGAUCCAUUGUCGAUCGAUCACAGUGUUGCUCGACUACAGUAUGUUCGUUUUCUGCAGUGGAAUUAUGUUAUUCAAAGUAUCGAUCCACAUCCGAGUCUAUGGUGUGUGAUGCUUACCAGGUUGCGUCAAGUGAAUUUCGAAUUUCACGAACCCAACACACCAAUCAGUCAUCGUCGUAUUCUCCUCGAACAAUUACGUCAGUGUGCGCCCACGCUUGAACGUCUCACAUUGUGGUGGCAUGAUACCUUACACCUCUUGGAUAUUGACGCCCCGUGGCCGUCUAUCGAACGAUUUUUUGUCCGUUUGAGAUACAACGAAGAGGAUAAUCCUCCUGCAUCAUUGGUCGGCCGUUUAGCAUCGCACAAAGUAUUUCCUCGAUUACGAUAUCUCACAUUUCUUGGGCCCCGUCGCUUCAUGCUCGAGCCUCUGACCGUCAUGGUCAAAUGUAUACUUGAUUGGCUUGAUGCUCUCCUAUCAUCCUCAUCGAUAUUUACCGUGCUACAUCUGAACAAAGGCUGCUUUUUUCAUCGAACUCGGCCAGCAAUAACUCGCUCGACAUUCAAGACACUUCUUCAACAGCAUGCUCGUCUAGGCGGUGAACAAGGUUCGCCGGCUCGUGUCAUGAUUGAUUCAAAUGAAGAAAUAAUUCUCUGGCUUUAA